AUGUCUCUCCAAACUCCCCGUAUCCUCCCUCAGCAUCUGUCAAACUUCCACCCCAACGCGAAUUCGCGCACGCACACCGUCCGCAUCCUGGGUACCGUUAGCGCGCUCCAGGGCGAAACCGCAAAGAUCACUUGUGGCACCCAUGGAGAUGUGACACUCAUCUUGACACCGGAUGAGCAUUUGCAAAUGGGAAAGCUUGUUGAGGUUGUAGGAAAGGUCGCUGAUAUUGAUGGCGGGAUCGGUAUUCGGGUCCUUGGAACAACUGAUUGGGGUAACCCAGCGGACUGUGAUUACAAGAUCUAUGAACAGGUGGUCGAGGCGACACACCGCGUCAAGUCUAUUUUCUACGAUGCUGAGUGA